GGCUGCUCCCGGCGGAGUGGAGGCACCUUGCGCGGAGGUCGCGGCCCUUUUCGCCCCCCGGUCGGCCUCUCCCUGCCGCCGCCAUGCAGGAGCUGAUCGCCAGCGUGGACCACAUCAAGUUCGACUUGGAGAUCGCGGUGGAGCAGCAGCUGGGGGCGCAGCCGCUGCCCUUCCCGGGCAUGGACAAGUCGGGUGCUGCCGUCUGUGACUUUUUUCUAAAGGCAGCUUGUGGGAAAGGGGGGAUGUGUCCCUUCCGGCACAUCAGUGGUGAAAAGACAGUGGUUUGUAAGCACUGGUUACGAGGACUGUGCAAGAAAGGGGACCAGUGUGAAUUCUUGCAUGAGUAUGACAUGACCAAGAUGCCAGAAUGUUACUUCUAUUCAAAAUAUGGGGAAUGCAGCAACAAGGAGUGUCCAUUCUUGCAUAUUGACCCAGAAUCUAAAAUCAAAGAUUGCCCUUGGUAUGACCGGGGUUUUUGUAAACACGGUCCUCUCUGCAGACACAGACACACACGGCGUGUUAUUUGUGUGAAUUACCUGGUAGGCUUCUGUCCAGAAGGGCCUGCGUGCAAAUUCAUGCAUCCUCGAUUUGAACUUCCCAUGGGAACCACAGAGCAGCCUCCGCUCCCACCACCAGCGCAGCCACAACAAAAGCAAAACAAUAACACGCCAUUACAAAGGUCAUCCUCUCUCAUCCAGUUGACGAAUCAGAACUCUUCUCCCAACCAACAGAGGACUCCACAGGUCAUUGGGGUUAUGCAGUCCCAAAACAACAGCAUAGGGAACAGAGGCCCACGCCCCCUGGAGCAGGUCACCUGCUAUAAGUGUGGUGAAAAAGGACAUUAUGCCAACAGAUGUACCAAAGGACAUUUGGCCUUCCUUAGUGGGCAAUGAGCCAGCAGACUUUACAGCAUUUUUAUAUACUGUAUAUAAUUAGGAGCUGAAUUAUCUCUACUGUCAUCUUGAACUAUUGAACCACCUUUUUUACACCUGCACCAAAGGACUGGCCAGUGAAAGGAUUACUUGAUCUGCAACUACUAUUCUUUUCUGGUAUUUCCUUGUUCUAAUUUUUAAGGCUAGAACUUGUUCACAGAAUGUAAUGUGAAAGCAGCCUGAAGAAGCAAAGUUAAUACACAAGCCUUCUGAAAUAAAACAUUUGGGAUAGGGA